AUGUCAUAUAACGAGUAUUCAAACGAAAAGCCUAGAUUUUUAAGUUAAGCUUAAGCAGAGAGAAGAAGACAACAAUUUGUUGAACAUUCAAUUAACUACAAGCUUUAAUUAAGAUUAGAUAAGGGUGAAAAAUAUCAAGGUGUUGUUGAAGUAGAAUUCAAUUUAACUAAUGCAGGUAGAGAUCUCUUUAUUGAUUAUUAAGGUUCAUCUAUCGAAAAGGUAGUUAUCAACAAAGCUGAACUUGGAAAAGCAGGUGAUUCCUAUUUGAAUUAAAUUUGGAAUGGUCUUUUUGUUAAGCUUCCUACUCAAUAUUUGAAUAAUGGCAGAAACGUUGUAACAAUCGUAUUCUCAAAUGAAUAUUGCAAUGAUGGUUGUGGUUUACACAGUUUUACUGAUACUGAUGGUAAAUAGUAUAUCUAUUCUCAAUGCGAGCCUUACUGGUGUAAUCGUAUAUUCCCUUCAUUUGAUCAACCAGAUUUGAAGGCAACCCUUGAAGCCACCAUAGUUGCUCCUAAAGAUUGGGUUAUUCUUUCAAAUGAAUUAAAGUCUCAUGAAGCUCAUUUCUCUCAAUAGGACUACAAGACCCAUAACCCUACUAUGCCUUACUCAUGCAGUAUCCUUGGAAAUAUUCCUGAAAAUAAUGAUUAUCAUUACGCAGUAUUUAACAAGACACAACUUUAUCCUACAUAUCUUUUUGGCUUUGUUGCUGGUCCCUAUGGAGAAAUUAAGUGCCAAGAAACCUAUAACAACAUUCCUAUGAGUUUGUAUUGCAGACAAUCUUUGAUGGUUCACUUAUAGAAGAUGUCAGAUUGGUUAUUUGCUUCUACAAUUGAAUCUAUGAAGCUCUACGAAGACUUAUUUGGCUAUCCUUAUCCUUACCACAAAUACGAUUCAGUCUUUUGUCCUGAAUAUAACAUGGGUGCUAUGGAAAACACAGGUUUAGUUACAUUCAAUGAUUUGUAUAUUUUCAGAGAAGAAAAAACUGCUUCAUCUUAUACAAGUUUCCUCAACACAGUUACUCAUGAACUCUCUCACCAUUGGUUCGGUAACCUCGUUACUAUGAAGUGGUGGAACGACUUGUGGUUAAACGAAUCUUUUGCUGAUUUUAUUAGUCACUACAUCAUCUCUAAGAUGACUGUAAGCCACAAGCCCUUGAUAAACAUUUGGAUUGAAUUUAACUUAAGAAAGUCAUGGGGUUACCGCACUGAUUAAUUGAAUACAACACAUCCUAUUGCUUGUGUUGUUGAAAAUACUGAAGCUGCUGAUUCCAUUUUCGAUGGUAUCUCAUACUCUAAAGGUAGUGCUACUCUUCGUUAAUUAAUGUCAUUAAUGGGAGAAAAACCCUUCAGCGAUGCAUUAAAGAAAUAUUUCAAGAAGUUCGAAUUUAGAAAUGCUGUUCUUGAUGAUUUGAUUGAAUUCUUUGAUCAAGAAUUCAAAUAAUUAAAUCUUGGAUUCUCUCUACAUGAAUGGUAGAAAUCUUGGAUUUAAACUGCAGGUUUGAACGAAUGUUAACCUGUAUUCAAUCCUGAAGAUAGAAGUGCUAAUGCUUCCCUCAAGAUUGUCUAAACUCCUGCACUUCCUCAACACCCUACUCUUAGAAGACAUAAAUUAUAAGUUGCCUUCUUUGACGAAAAUGCUAAUAUUACUACUUACCCUGUCUUACUCAAUGAAGCUCAUGAAACUGUUCUAAAUUACGAUGCAAGCAAAACCUAAUUCAAGGCUGUCUUGCUUAAUUAUGGUGAUUGGGGAUUUAUUAAGGUCCUCCUUGAUGACAUCUCAAUUGAAUUCUUUAAAUUAAAUUUACAUAAAAUUACAGAUAUUGUUACAAGAACCCUUAUUUGGAGAGCUUUCUUUGACAUGGUCAGAGAUGGAAAACUCUCUUCUGAAGAAUAUAUUGAUAUCUUCAUAAAUGCUAUUCCUAAUGAAACUUCUGAUGAUAUUAUUACCUCUUAACUCUAAUACUUAUAAGGUGCUUACUCUAGCUUCACCCCUGAAUAAUACAAGUUAGUUUUAGGUGAGCGUGUUUUCAAUUUCUUACUCAAGUAUCUUUUGAGUAUUCCUGCUGAAAAUAAAAAUAGAAUUAUUGCAGUAAGAGACAAACUUGAUGGUUUUGCUAGAUCUGAUGCUCAUAUUGCUAAGUUACUUGCUUGGUAUAACGGUACUGAUGAAGAUCUUAAAAACAUUGAAGUUGGUUUAUCAGUUUAAUGGAGAAUUGUUUCCCUCGUACAUAAGAGUAGAAAAUAUACCAGAGAAGAAAAGACUUAGCUUUUCAAGAAAUAGGCUGAAAGAGAUCCUAGUGAUACAUCCAAGAAUUACGAAUAAAAAUGUAAGGCUUUAGAUGUUAAUGCUGAAGAAAGAGAAAAAUUAUGGAAUUUCUACUUCUCCGCUGAAAAUACUCUCUCUGUAAGAAACCUAGAAUAUUCUUGGAGUGGUUUCAAUAGUUCUUUCAACCACGAAGAACUUGAACCAUAUUUUGAAAAAUUCUUUGAAAAGAUCUUACAUGUUUAUGAUACCAAACCCAAAGAAUUUGCAAAUGAUUUCUAUUAAUAUUUACUUCCCAACACUGAAGACUAUGCAAAACUAAUUUCAAGACUUGAAAGCCUUUUAAGUAACCUUAAUGAAAAGUAUGUUUUCUUACAGCGUUACAUUAAGGAAAGCAUAGAUGAUUGCUAACGUAAAUAGAGAACUCAUAAUUGCUUUAGAACCAGAGCUCCCUUAGCAAAAACUAAUUGA